AUGAGGCUCGCUCUUUUCUCUCUUGCUGUGGGCCUUGCCCAACAGGCCGCUGCUGUCGGCGUUGUCGGCGCUGCUGAAGGUUUCGCCAAGGGCGUUACCGGUGGUGGCUCCGCUACCCCCGUCUACCCCUCGACCAUUGCCGAGCUUACCAAGUACCUGGCUGACGACACUGCCCGUGUCAUCGUCCUGAACAAGGAGUUCAACUACAUUGGCUCCGAGGGCACCACCACCGAGAAGGGCUGCCGUCCCGCCUCCAACAAGUGCCCCGGUAACGGUGGCCAGGAUGCCAUCAACCACGCCAGCUGGUGCGACAACGGCAACGCCGGUACCGGCUCCACCUCCAUCACUGUCAAGUACGACACUGCUGGUGUUUCCGGCCUCACCGUCGGCUCCAACAAGUCCAUCAUUGGUGUUGGCUCCAAGGGUGUCAUCCGUGGCAAGGGUCUGCGCAUGGCCAACGGCGCCAAGAACGUCAUCAUCCAGAACAUCCACAUCACCGAGCUCAACCCCCAGUACAUCUUCGGUGGUGAUGCCAUCACGCUCGAUGGCACUGACAUGAUCUGGGUAGACCAUGUCAAGGUGAGCAAGAUCGGCCGCCAGUUCGUUGUCCUCGGAAACGGUGCCUCUGGCCGUGUCUCGAUCACGAACUCCGAGUUCGAUGGUUACACCGACUACUCCGCCACCUGCGACGGCCACCACUACUGGGCUCUGUACUUCACCGGCUCGUCCGAUAUGGUUACCUUCAAGGCCAACUACAUCCACCACACCUCCGGUCGCUCGCCCAAGGUCGGCGGCAACACCCUCCUCCACGCCGUCAACAACUACUGGUACGCCAACUCUGGCCACGCUUUCGACAUUGGCUCCUCCAACUCCAACGCCGUCAUUGAGGGCAACGUCUUCCAGAACGUCGUCACCCCUCUCCUUGAGAACAAGGGCAAGGUCUUUGCUCCUACCUCGGUCCAGAGCACCUGCUCCACCUACCUUGGCCACUCUUGCCAGGCUAACGCCUUCGGCUCCUCUGGCUCGCUCACCGGCACCGACAGCUCCUUCCUGUCCAACUUCAAGGGCAAGAACGUUGCUUCCGCCUCCGCUGCCUCCACCGUCGCCUCCGCCAAGUACGGUGUUGGCAUCGUUGCUUAA